CCGGGAGUUCAAGUGUUUUGAAAGUGUAUGUAGUGUACUGCGUGGCAAACUUUUAACAUUGUCGUAACGGACAUUUACAUGACGGUCAUGGAGAAACAGCUCUUUGUACUUGCUGCCGUUUUAUUAAGUUUAGCUGCAGCCUCUGGUGUGGACGAGUGCCAGUCAUGUAUUGACCAGGUCCAUCAGAUGCAGACUGGAGUGGCGUCUUUGCGGAAUGCAAAACUCCGCGAGAUAGUGACUAGAUCUUCCGCACGGAGCAUAUGUGCUGCAAUUGGCCAGUGUCCGGAAGAUGGUGAUAAUACCGACAUGCAGGAGGAGUUCUACCCCGCUGUCGACAACGGCCUCGUUGAUGUCACGGCCCUGCACACGAACUCCAUUUGCCACAUCUGCCGCGUGACCUUUAACUUCCUCCACAAUUUCCUCUCCAACAAACACUGGCAGACUGUGUUGCUGCGACUGUUGAAGCUUGGGUGCCACUACAUACCGUUGUUCUCCGCCACGUGUACGAAUCUCGUCGACCAGUGGGGCGGGAUGAUCAUCCACCUCCUCGUCAACUAUCUCAACCCCCGCAUGUGCCACGACCUGCUCCACAUCUGCCCUAACGCUACAGCAGUUUCUGAGGCUGCGCUUGCGGUUGACGACUGCCGGAUGUGUGAGUUUGGUCAGGGGCUGGUGUACGACACCGUUAACGACCCAAGUCUCCACGUCAGGUUGGACAACCUCGCCAGGGAGAUCUGUAUCGCCGACGGUGACCAGAUGGAUGACGGGUGUGUGUUUGUAACCUCACAACUCUCCGAGGCAUUGAAGCAGGUCGCUGCGGACCUAAAACAGUCCACAGCCCUGAAGACUUUCUGUCAGACAGAAAACAUUUGCCCCGCUGGCUUGAAGACGAUUCUUGACAACUAAUCAAGAUCUAUCGCUGGGAUUCCACAUAAUUCAAAUGUUUCUGCAAUGAACUGAUUAUAACAUUAACUGUGCUGCUUGGAGUGUUGACCUUCCAAAGAACGAUUGGUAAUAAAUUAAAAUAAAUAAGUGUACUUUUA